GUUCUCAACCGCUCUGCCUUUUGCAUUUCCAGACCGUCCAUAAGCCGUCACCAUUCAAAAACAAUGAAGAUUGUGGGCUUUGUGCUGGGUCUGAUAGGAUGGAUCUUAUCCAUUGUCACCUGCAUUCUGCCUAUGUGGAAGGUCACAAUUUAUUUUGGUUUUAACAUAGUGGAGGGCCUCUGGAUGAGAUGUGCUGUGCAGAGCACUGGGCGCAUGCAGUGUGGGUUCUACGACUCUGCGCUGGCUCUACCUUCAGAUCUCCAGUUUGCUCGUAUCAUGACUGUCAUCUCCAUCUUCACCGCUCUGCUGGCUUUGAUUUUCCUCAAAAUGGGUUUUAAGAGCAUUAAGGACAAGGAAUCAAAGGCAAAAUUCAUGAAUGCCUCUGGGGUCUUCUUCAUUAUUGCUGGUAUCCUGGAGCUCCUCUCUGUGUCCUGGACAACCAAAACCAUCAUUCAGGACUCCUACAAUCCCAUACUGAUUUGGGGUCAGAAUAGAGAUCUUGGAGCAUCAGUCUACAUUGGCUUUGCAGCUGCUGCUCUGCUCAUCAUUGCAGGAGUCCUGCUAUGCUGCACCUGCCUUGCAUGGGGGAGGAGGUAA